AUGAGUAAAGAUUUGUAUGUACAGCUGGCAGAUAAAAUGAGAGAGGUCUACUCAAUUGAUGAUUUAGAUACCUUAACAGUAACGAAGGUUAUAUGUUUAAUAUUUGAUCUAUACAAAAGAGAAAUUCUAUUUCAGGAUAAAUUCAAAUACUUGAAUAAUCUGGCAUACAAUACUUUCAUGAUUAUGAUCUCUCGUAAUAUUAAAGAUGACCAGAUCCUAACUGCUGAAGCAGUUAAUGAUGCAAUUAGAAAAUCAAUUGAAGAAACCGAAAUUAUUAUGAGUGCUAUUGAAGAGGCAGGAAAUGAAAUGAAAGAUGCUAAACAGAGGAAAGCAUAUUAUAAUUUGAUGAACAACAACCAUCUCUCUAUAAUGCUACAAUAUAGCCACAUACACGAUUAUAUACUAAAGGAUUUGAAAGACGCAGUUAAUGCCUAUAACCCUACAUUCUUGUCGCAGCUAACUCCACAAGAGGCAGAAGAGGCUCUUUUAAAAUGUAGUAUACUUUCUAAAACCACAAGACUGCAAAAAGUGCUAAAUAUUCUAAUUAAGCAUGGAGGGAAUCUUUCUGGUAAUAAUGACAAUGGAGAAGUCAUCGCAAAUUUCAGUUCUCUCCACUUAACAUCUGAUGAAAUUUACUCAUUACAGCUAUUUCUGAGCACAGGAUAUGACAAUCUGUUCUAUCCUAUUCAAACAAUGGAAAAGUCUAUUUUUGUAUUAGAACAUGCGUAUGAAGAAUUUUCUUUCUUUAAGCCAGUCUUUUCUGCGCUGUUCUUUUUCCUUUCUAAGGACUGCCAGAUCAUCACGCGGGAAUACCCAUAUAAAGCUGGGCUUAUUGCAUCUCUACAGUUACUUCAAAUGUGUGAUAGAGAUAUUCCUAUAGAGAAGAUAAAUACUUGGUAUGCCAAUUUCAAUGGGAUUAACGAAAAUGCAAGAGGUAUUUUUUUUGAAAAUACAAUUCCUAAUUAUGUUAGAACUGUUCAAAAACAGCUAAGUCUAGUUCAUCGUCCUGUUAUAAAGUUUUUUACUUAUAAAAAGCUGCUUCCGCAUGAGCUGUAUGUUCUGUGUAAGCAGAAAAAGAUCGCAUUGUAUAAUACACCACCUUCUGAAGCAUUAAAUACAAUAGAUGAUUAUCUAGAAGCAUGUUCUAAUAUUACAGAAAACGAUGUGGUGUAUCAGGAAAUCACUCCAAACCAAUCUACUAGUUGGUCUGGAAUUAUAGUAUUAACUAUUUUUUUUAUUUUAGUAAUAAGUUUUCUUGCUAUAUUCCUAUUACACUGCGAUAGUUUGAAAAAAGUUUAUGUUAAUUACAUUAUAGUCUGA